ACAGAAAUCUCUGCACAAUGGAUCUAUGAUUUUCACAUUGCAGUAGAGACUGGUGCUUUAUUUCAUCAAAUAUCAAGAACUGCAUUUCUUCUUUCAAGCCGUGUGAAGAUGUGGCCGCUGACUCUUCAGGUUGUUGCCAUCUCUGUUUUCCUACAGGUGCCGGGGUGUUUCCCAUCAUGCCUCAUUAGUGGCUCUGUAGCCAACUGUGGCCACCAGAACCUCCGCUGGGUUCCUCCUCUCCCGCCCCACAUCACCCACCUGUACCUGGAGAUGAACCACAUCCGUGAGAUCAACUCCACCUCCCUGUCGGGCCUGGAGGAGCUGCAGGAGCUGGACCUUGGGCGACAGUAUGUGCCUCUUGUGAUCAGGAAUAACGCCUUCAGUGGGCAAAGGCGCCUGAGGAGGCUGGUGCUCGGCUUCAACGUCGGCCUUCAACUGGAGCUGGAGGCUUUUGCCGGACUGUCCGGUUUGCAGAACCUUUACCUGGAUUACUGUUCGCUCCAAGAGUCCAUACUGAAGGACAACUACCUGGAGCCACUGUCCUCCUUAGAGACUCUUGACCUCUUUGGUAACAAGAUAAAAAGACUCCAGCCCUCAAUGUUCUUUACAAACAUGACUCAUUUGAAAGUUUUGAAUCUCAAGCUGAACCAAAUUGACAAAAUAUGUGAGUCUGAUCUGGCUGGUUUUAAAGGAAAGGACUUCGAGGUCCUAAACUUGGACUCUGUUCACCUUAAGGCCAUGGUUCAUGAACAUUUUGACUGGCAGGCAUGUGGGAAUCCUUUCAGAGGAAUGUCCUUUCAGACACUUGACAUAUCCCACAACAGGCUGGGUGUGGGUGAGUCCAAGCAGCUUUUCACAGCCAUUAAGGGGACUAAGAUCUCCCAUCUCAAACUGUCAGGACACAUGGGUAAAGGAUUUUCCUUCAACAAUCUUCCUGAUCCAGACCGCGGUACGUUUGUAGGCCUGAAUGACAGCUCAGUCCGUAUUUUGGAUCUGUCUAAGAACAGGAUAUUUGCUUUGCAACAGGGGGUUUUUAGUCCGCUGAAAGAAGUCAACAUUAUUGACGUUUCCCAAAACAGAGUGAAUCAGAUACACAAACAUGCUUUUGAAGGUCUUCAAGGACAUUUAAAAAUGCUCAACCUGUCAAACAACCUGCUGGGGGAAAUUCAUUCUUACACUUUUGCUUCUCUGACAAACCUGAGGGUGUUGGACUUGUCCUACAAUCACAUUGGUGCUCUGGGCUUUGGCUCAUUUAGUGGACUUCCACAAUUAAAAGCAUUAUAUCUAACAGGAAACUCUUUGCGAGACCUUGACUUCCCCGCAUCUCUCCCGAGCUUAGAUUAUCUGCAUUUGAAGGACAAUAAACUGACGUCAGUGAGCAGUCUCACACGCUUUGCCGGUAAUAUUAUGCAUCUGGACAUUCAGGACAACAGAUUAACAAACCUGGGGGACGUUAAUCAGUUGUUGACUCAACUGAAGCGCCUCCAGCAUCUCCUUUACGGAGGAAACACAAUCAGAUGGUGCAGGCUCGGUGGACGAGUUUCAGCAGUUGGUUUGAAUAAUGUCCAAGUUCUGGAUCUUCACGGCAGCUCCCUGCAGUCCGUGUGGUCUCAGGGGAGGUGCCUGAGUCUGUUUGACAAUCUUGGACAUGUGAGGGGUCUGAACUUGAGCUUCAAUGCGCUUCAGUCUCUUCCUCAGGGCCUUUUCAAGGGCCUCACCUCAGUAGUGGAGAUGGAUCUCUCAUCCAACAGCUUGACCUAUCUCCGGCCGGAUGUGUUACCAAAGAGUCUCAAAGCGCUCAUUCUGUCCAACAACUUCAUAGCCUCCCCCGACCCCGACACUUUUCUAUCUUUAAGCUUCCUCGACCUGAAAAUGAAUCGAUUCCACUGCGAUUCAGACCUGAAGAGCUUCCUGACUUGGCUGAACGAGACCAACGUGACCCUUCUUAGUCCUGCUAAGGAGCUCAGGUGUGAAUUUCCUUCUGGUCUCUAUCAGGUUCCUGUGGUAGAUUUCUCUGCUCAGACUACACAGCAGUAAACCAGCAACUAAAAGUGUGUUUGUCCAUUCAAGGUGACACCUAGAGAAUCACAGGGAAUUAAACACAAGUGGGAUGUCAUGUUGAUUUGUUGAAUUUCUGUAUGAUCGGAAUUUUUUUAAAUGAUAAUGAAAUCUCUGAAAGAACUUCACAUUUGUAAAGGAACAUGUUAAUCAUUUUCAGACAGUAUAAAAACAAAAUUGUACGUUGUAAUUUCCAUGAUUUAAUUAAAUGAAAUAAUAAAUUUACAACUUUAUCUAUUGUGACCCGUGAUACCAAUUAAUAAUGUAGUUUCUUCUGCAUGACUAAUCACUGAAUCACUGUAUAUGACCAUCAACGUUUCUCUCAGGAACAACAAGAUCAAAUCAACAAUUACCAACAAUUCAUAGUGUUGUGACGUUAAACAUGGGGUUCCUAGGAGGCGUUAAAAGGUAAACAAAGAGGAGGGCACGUUGGUGGCCUGGCAUAUAAAAUUUACACAGUAACAUCAAAAUUGAGGAUUUAACAUGGAAUUAGAGGAAUGCAACCAGAGACUAUCAAUAUCACAGGUGUCUGUUUGAGAUCUGAAGAUUCCAAAUAUUUUUGAUCUCAUCAAACGUUUCAUCGACUUUGUGGAAAGAGACAACUUUAUUUUGUAGAUCCAUCUCGAAUGUAACCCUCCCACUCGGACUGUACCAGCAGACGAGCAUUCAUGCAUAAUUUAGCUUGCAACGUCUGCAUUAAAUCUAUGGUGACGGACUUCAUCUGACACUACAGCCGUGUCUCACUGCACAACAUCUUCACUUUGUGCAUCUCCCCCAAUUAGUGUUGGCCUGACUUAAACCUGUACAAUGAAUGGGAUCUUAAGCAUAUAACACCAAUUGUAAACACACUGGUUGUUAUCAGGUACAAAGUAUGACAGAUAAUGUGUUUAUUGCUUCUCAUACCACAUCAAUUAAUCUGUGCGACUGGUGGUUUCAGUCCAAUGUUCAUAAGCAUAUAAAACUCAAGUUUAUUUGAGAAGCGGUUUUCUUUAUAAAUAUUUGAUAUUAGGUAUUUUCCGGAUGGAAGUAAGCUUGGAGGUGGAACAGAAGAUAUUUCCUCCUCUUACAGCAGAGGGCAGCAUCAGCCCACUUAGUCAUGGCUGUUUGCCUCAAUGCUGCUCUUCACCUGAAUGGCUCCUUUAAAACAAUACCAAACCAAUCAAUGUGCAGCAAUGCAGCAUUUAGUUGCGUCGCCUCUGAUAAAUUAGGGAAAAAUAGGGAUUCAUCAAUUCACAAAAAUGAAAUAAAUGAUCCAUUAUAAACUGGAUAGGACUGAUCAGUGGGAGUUACUGUAAAUAGGGAAUGAGGUCAUCACUGUGUAAUGUAUGCAAAGUGUUUUCGGAACAACUCACAAGCUUCUUCUAUUUUCCAAAGUUGGAUUCUGUAUUGUGACUAAUGAUAUUGUUUCCCAUACUGGUAAAUGUUAACACGUCUCAUUUAUGGGUUAACAACGUUUAUCGUCUAUGUGAAUUAAUAAAAAAUCUACAUCAA